AUCACGGCGCCCAGAGCGAGGCUGGGGUAGGGAGGCCGACUUAGCUGGAAUCGUCCGCUGGUCGUGGAGGCUGCUAGGGAGCCGGCGAGGGGGUGAGCAGGCGAGCAGACGAGCGAGCUAGAGCAGGCAGGAGGGAGCGUUGCGCGGCGCAGAGUAGCGCCGGGGCCGGGCCGCGAAGGAACCUACAACCGGAGAGGGGCAACCCGAGCCGGGCGCCGCGGGUCCCCACCCCCACUCGGCCGGACAGUGCUCGGUGUUCCCCCGUGCGGGGGGCGGCGGCGGCUGACUGGACCCGACAGGACCGCGGGGGUGUUGCCACCUCCACCGAGAAGCCGGCGCGGCCGCGGGCUCCUCAGAGCCGGGGCCCGAGGCCCGUGACAGACGGGCCGAGGAAGGAAGGGAGGCGGCGGCGGCGGCGCAGGCGACGGGGAGGCAGCGGCGACACCAUGUCAUCCCCCAGUCCGGGCAAGAGGCGUAUGGACACGGACGUGGUCAAGCUCAUUGAGAGUAAGCAUGAGGUCACCAUCCUGGGAGGACUCAAUGAAUUCGUAGUGAAGUUUUAUGGACCACAAGGAACACCAUAUGAAGGCGGAGUGUGGAAAGUUAGAGUGGAUCUUCCUGAUAAAUACCCUUUCAAAUCUCCGUCUAUAGGAUUCAUGAAUAAAAUUUUCCAUCCCAACAUUGAUGAAGCGUCAGGAACUGUGUGUCUAGAUGUAAUUAAUCAAACUUGGACAGCUCUCUAUGAUCUUACCAAUAUAUUUGAGUCCUUCCUGCCCCAGUUGUUGGCUUACCCCAACCCCAUAGAUCCUCUCAAUGGUGACGCCGCGGCCAUGUACCUCCACCGACCAGAAGAGUACAAGCAGAAGAUUAAAGAGUAUAUCCAGAAGUAUGCAACGGAGGAGGCACUGAAAGAGCAGGAAGAGGGCACCGGUGACAGCUCGUCGGAGAGUUCUAUGUCUGACUUUUCGGAAGAUGAGGCCCAGGAUAUGGAGUUGUAGUAGCAAAAGCACCUGCUUUUCAGAAAGACUAUUAUUUCCUAACCAUGAGAAGCAGACUAUAAUAUUCAUAUUUAAACAAAGCAAUUUUUUUUAUUACUAAACAAGGUUUUUAUGAAUAAUAGCAUUGAUAUAUAUAUAUUAUAUAUCACCCUUUAGAUCUUGAUUUCUUGGUCAUUUCUCAACCUGAGGUGCAUAGCAUAUCCCCACAUUCCAUUUUGGUAGCAGUAUGCGGUCCGAAUGCAUGCAUUCAUAAGUCCAUUUGGCCAAGUCAGCCUGUGUGCUGCUGAACUGUCAAAAGAAAUAGCCACUCUGAUAGAUAGACAUGAGUAAAAAUAACAGGAAAAAGUUGCUUCUUUUAUUGAUGGUUCCAAAGAAACAAACCAAACCAACCAGCUCUUGGAUGUGAAGCUAGGAUAGUGCUUUUUCAAAAUGGACAGGAAAACACUGGGGAGGAGAGGCCUGCUGUGGGGGCUUCAGCGCCAGCCGCGCCGGGGCCGCGCGCCUCCCUGGGGUUCCUAGGUGGCCCCGUUUCUGUGGAGUAACAGUGUGGACAGGGAGCGAAUUGGAGUAGUGAAACCUAAAACAAUUUUUGCCUCAGAUUUUGAGUACAUUUUUAUAUGUAGAUUCCUGCCCUUCUGGCUGCCCGGCCGUACAGCCACGAGUGUAUUGCUUUGGAGAACCUUUGGAAAGUGUUUUCUGAACCUGAUUCUUUCUCCUGGGGUAGAGCUUGUAACCCAGACCUUGUCUGCAAGGACAGGACAGGAAGAGAAGAGGGACCGGGAGGGUGUUUCCUCUCGCCCAGCUCGUGCGGAGCCACAUCCUCGUCCUGUUGGUGGCCACUCUGAGACCGCUGCCCUGGACUAAGAGCUUUAAAUCGGAGGGUGGUUGUGGGUUAUUUUUGUUUGGGGGGUUUGUUUGGGUUUUUUGGUGUGUGUGUGAAUUGUGCUUAGACAGGUUGCAAAUUCAAUAUUCACCUGCCAAGAGAUGGCCGCCUCCUCGGACAGCCCGUCAGUGGACCAUCAGACUCGGGAAGAAGACCCGUCUGGCGGCCGUGACUCCUGGGCGCGCUCACUCACGUCUUGGUUUUGGUUUUCCUUCUGCGGCUGCUCUGGGCGGCGGCCCGGUCAUCAUCUGCUUGCUGGGAUGGGAAAAUGGGUGUUUUAGACCGAGCACAUUCUGAAUUUCAAAUGAGGAAUCAUUGGAACAAAUAAAGGUUCUUGUACCCAAAGUGACUCUACGUGGGGAAAACCAACACAGUUUCUUUCAGAGUGUGACUGAGUAGAGGAAAGGAUUCGGAAACAAGAUGUAGUAGUAAAACAGGUUGUGAAGGAAGAAAGUCUUCUCUUCAUGUGUGUUAAGAGGAAAUCAGACAGUUUGAAAUGCCUGCUAAUGAAAUGUUUGCUCAGCCGACCACACGUCCAGGUUGCUGGCGAGUGCCCUGCAGAUGCGAGUGCCCUGCAGACGCGAGUGCCGCCGCUGAGGGCGGGGGCUCCGAGCGGCAUCUCGGCCCCUCUCCGUGUCGCAGCCGGUAGGACAGGAGCAGAAUUAGCCAAUCCUCAAAGCUUCUCAAGACAGUUUUGGAAUGUCCCACUGGGAUAAUUUAAUGUUUCUUUCUGAUGUGUGUUUUUAGUUUAGAAGUGCUAUAUUCCACAAGAUUUGAGUCAAUGAGGUUGGAAGAUAACCCUUUUUUAUUCAAAAAGCACAAUCUUUUCUUUGAAAAUCUAUAUAAAGUACAAUUUGCUUUUAGCAUGAUUAUUUUCCUAAAUAAAAAAAGACAAAGAAUUUACUUAUUUUAUGUUAAUAACGGGCAUGAAGCAAAAGGUUUUCUUUCAAAAAAAAAAAUGCAAGUGCAGUUACGUAGGGCUGUGGUUAGUUCCCGUGCUGAGUUCCCUAGCGUUUGUGGCUCGUGGGAAGGGUAGUGUUGACUGUUUGACAUGUGAUGGUGUGCUUUAACUCGUACCUAGCACGUUGUCUUCUCACUGUCGGGGGAGGGAGGGUCUCUGCUGGCGCUGACUUGCUGACCUGCUGAAGUAGCAGUUUGCUGUGGUGUAACCUUCAUUGUAGGUGCGACGUAGGGUAUAGGCCUAAAGUGCUGGGUGGUCAUUGGAGUUCAAACAAUAAAAAAUUGUAAUUUUUUUCAAUAUUGUAUAAACAAUAGUGUUCUAAUUACCUUUCCAGAAAAAAUGAUGUCCCGAUAAUAAUUGCUUCGAAUCUUGUCCAAAAAACACUAGCAGAACCGAGUCUAGGGAAGGUAUGUGAGCAGGGCCACAGCUCUGCUCCCCGGCUGCAUCCAUGUUUUCUGACGGAAAGACAUCAGCUUGCCUGCGGCCGAGAGCUCCGGCACUGGAAGCCGGGAGGCUGCAGGGACGAGCAGAGCUGAGUGUGGCUGCUCCGUGCGCGCGUGUCUCCAUGUCUGUCCUUGUGUGUCCAUCCAAAUGUGUGUGUCGAAGGUGUAAUUAGGACUUCUCUAUUAGCACUGGAAGCUUCUGGAAUUGCUACUCAAAUCAGGCUUUGUAUCUCAUCCCGUGCAAGUCUGUCGCAUCGGAGCACCAACCUUGGUCCCGUGCGCGUGUGUGGCUCUGUGUAGGUCUUUUCCUCUCUACUGCAAAACUGACUUUGGAUAAAUUGAACAGGAUCCCUCCUUAAUGCUAACUUUCUGUCCCUUCCCUGAACCUGGAACAGGUGGGUGUAGGAGACCAUACUCAUGUGUAGAGGGAGCUGGAAGACAUCUGGCUGUGAUGAGGCGAGGACGCUGGGCCCCCAGUGAUAAGACGGGAGAGUCGGGCUGAGGCCAGGGGUGUUUCAGCACCAGAAGCUUCUCCAGGUUGCCCCGUCGCAGCCCUCGGAACAGUGUCUGGGGCCCCUCAGAGAGUCUGAAUGUGACUGCUUUUAAAGGUGGUGGUGGUGAGUCCGAGUUGCUUCUGGCAGUUUGCCCCCUUUCUUAGUACCGGCGGUUUCUGAAGUCCUACCUUGGGGUGUGCCAGCGCCGGCCGUUCUUUGCCCCUGUUGGAACAACCGAGCUCACGCUCUCGCCAAACGCCAGCUGGCAAGAUGGCCGCGGUGCUGAAUUCGCUGCUCUCCAGCUGCCCCAGCCCCGGGGCCUUGUGGGUUGCUGUUUCCCGGUAGCCAACCUAGACAAUGGCAUUUUUGCUCCUUUGGUCUUUAAUCUCCUCUAAUUGCCCUCCUUGAGGUUACUGUGCAGUUUCAACCAGCAUUUUAUACUAGUGAGAUAAUUACCAGAAGUUGCCAUGAAUCUCUCCUGUACCUAACGUUUUUUUUCUUCCACUUCAAAAGCUGUUCUAAUUGCCAACUGGCUGAUGUAAGCUCCUGGAGAGUGUCUCCCCUGGAAGGAAAUUUUUCCCCUCCAAAGUCUCCCUGAAGCCCUAGUUGGCCUUGGCCUGACACUUGCUUUUUAUUAAGCUUCCUGUUGGGAUGGCUGAGAAUCAUGAAAAACAGACCCUCCACUAGCUUCCAAGGGUCAAGUUCCUGGGAACUAGUGUUUGAUUUUAAAUGGCACGUGACCUUUCUGUGUUCUAGGAACUCAAUUAGAAAAGUGAAAGCCAUUAACAAAAGUGAGUUUUAUUUCAUCAGCUUCCUGACUGGGUUCACAGCCUCGUUGACUGAAAUCAAAUAAUUUCUGACUGGGCGCAAAGACCUGUGUUUCUUUGGACUUCUGAAUCCAUGUUCGCAUUUUCCCUGGCCACCGAACACCUUGGCGAUUCCAUUAGGGACUGGCUGGAGUGGAGGCCCCACAGGGAGGGGAGCUAACAGCCAGCAGGCGGGGAGGUUCUCCCCCCCCCCCCCCACCUGAAGAAGGGCCAGGACUCGUAACUCGGCAAACACUGGCCGUGGCUGUGGGCUUGGGAAGAAAUGGCCAUCACGUACUGAUUGUGUUUGGUACAUACUGUGUGAUACUUGAAGAGUUAAAAGGGACUGACCAGCCCCUAAUUGAAAUCUAAGCUUUUUAUCACUUCUCUUUUCCUCACCCUCCCCCCCCUUCCCUGCAUUGUGAUGCUCUAGUGGGCACUUCUGUCAACAGGACAAAUGCCUCCUCUGACUAGAACCUCUUCAUAGUUGUGUAUAAUGAAAACUGUAAACUUUUUUAAAUAAAAUGUGUAUAUACCUUGGCAA